UAUCCAAACAGUGGAAAAUUAGGAAAACAUUUUCUGGAAAAUAUUUUCCGUCCAACCAAACAGACCCUAAGAGAUCGAACUUCUACACCAUAAAGGAUCACAUGCCGCAAGAUUUGAAUCACACCACAGUCCAAAACAAAUGACUGGACAAUUUUGUUUAUGCCCGGGCUCGAACUUUGUACUGCCAGUGUGACAGUUUGACUUGCGUGACAACAAACUCCACCGUAGAGUGGCGUAGACAAUUCUGUGCCACCGGCGAUCUCGAAGUACGCUUGAACUACGAUCAUUAUCAGCAUUGGAGUCGGCUCCAUCUCCAGCUCCGGACCCAAGAGUCUAGGGUUUUGGAGCAUAACAUGGCACCAUCAACGAGUACGGCACUCAAGCUUGAAAAUUUUGUCGAAUCUUUGGAUUUUGCCUCCUUGUUUGGAGGACGGUGGAAGCUAUGGCAGUUUCCGAAAUUCUCCGUACUAGAUGCGUCGUGCUAAUUUUCAAGUAUGGGUGGAAUUGCACUGCAAAUGAGGAGAUUUUCAACUAAUAGUUUUCGCUUGGGAAGAUGAAUCGUGCAAGAGCAGGAAGUUGCAUUCAUGCGCCUAUCUACAUAGAGUCUAGUGAUUCCUCACUUGUGGUUUUGAAUGAGCACUCUGCUUUGACCGGCCUGACUGCAGAAAGCGCUGUUCAUGGAGUUGUCAACCAGGAAGCUCAGGAAUAUUUGGAAGGUGUUGUGAAUAGCUACAGUAAUGCAACUAUGACGUUCAAGACUACAGCUGAUAAUGGUGACAAUGGAGAAACUGUCCCUAUCCAGACUAUUCAAGUACCUAUUGCUGGGGAUUUAACAAGCAAUGACGAGUUGGCUCUGAGAGCAUCUCAACAGCUAUCAAUUGGCGGACGUGGAUGCGCAAAUAAUAUGCUCAAUGAACCUCUAGAUUUCCAAGUGCAAAGUCAUGGUGUUUGUUUGCCAGAAGAUGCUGGCACUGGUGGAGUUCGGCAUUCACCGAGGAAACGUAAUCAGGUUAAUUACUAUGAAGGACCAGCGAGAUCUGCUAAAAAGGUGCCAAGGAAUGCAAGCGAAAAGCCUUGCAGCGGUGGGCAGAUGAAGAAGAAGUUUACAAGUCUAAGGAUCCGAGCAUCCUUCUAUCCCUAGUGACGAGGUUUUGGAUUCAGAAAGAAGGGCAAGAAACAAGGCCUUAAUUUCUUUCUCACUAGAUUCUCUCUUCUGUGUCCCGUUAGCUUUACCUCAUGUUUGUUUUGUAAUGAGUCCAGGAUGCUAGAUUGUGUAUGCAACUUUUACAUACAAUGUAACAUUUGAACAACCUUCUAAGUUUUUUUUUUUUUGGGAAAGCAGAAACUUUAUUUGAAGAGGCUCAGUAUUCUGACA